AGAGAGAGAGAGAGAGAGAGAGAGAGAGAGAGAGAGAGAAUUCCGUAUAAAUAAGGACUGCCGGUGCUCUCUCUGGCUCAGUGUCUCUGUCAGACUGCAGUGCUUCUCUUCUCUUCUCCUCUUUUCUCUUCUCUUCUCACUGCUGAAGUUUUCACCGUCACGCCGUCGUUUGUCUCAGAGUGGGAACUAAAUUCCUGUCCAUGGUUGUGACUGGAACCUCCAAAAUGUCCCGAGCCGACGAGGUGCACCGCAUAACGGAGAAUGUCUACAAGUCCAUCAUGGAGCAGUUUAACCCCUGCUUGAGGAACUUCGUAGCCAUGGGGAAGACGUACGAGAAGGCUCUUUCCAGUGUGACAUUUGCAGCAAAAGGCUACUUCGACGCCCUGGUUCGGAUGGGUGAACUGGCCAGCGAGAGUCACGGCUCUAAGGACCUUGGGGAUGUACUCUUUCAGAUGGCUGAAGUCCACAGACAGAUUCAGAUGCAGCUGGAAGACAUGCUGAAAUCCUUCCACAAUGAGCUCCUCACAGAACUGGAGAAGAAGGUCGAGCUGGAUGCACGCUACCUAAACGCCGCUUUAAAGAAAUACCAGAUGGAGCACCGGAGCAAAGGAGAAAGUCUGGAGAAGUGCCAGGCAGAGCUGAAGAAAUUGCGUCGGAAAAGCCAGCAAGGCAGCAAGAACGCAUCCAAGUAUAGAGAUAAUGAGAUGCAGUAUGUGGAGGCCAUCAGUAGCAGGCAGAGUGAGCUGGACAGCCACAUCGCCGAGGGCUACAAAAACGCCCUGACUGAGGAGAGGAGGAGGUACUGCUUCCUGGUGGAUCGCCAGUGUGCCUUAGCCAAGAGCACCAACACCUACCACACCAAGGGUAAAGACCUGCUGAUGCAGAAGAUCCCGAUGUGGCAGCAUGCAUGUUCUGACCCUCAUAAACUCCCAGACCGAGCUGCUCUCCUUGCACAGCAGAUGAGCUCGGGGGGAACACUUGGUACCGGACAACAGCAUGCCUCUAAAUCUAAACUGGUGAUCUCAGAUCCCAUACCAGGAGCCAAAACUUUACCUGUUUCACCUGAACUGGCUGCUCUCAUGGGCAACCAACAGAGGAUGAUGGGAAUGGAAAGUGUUCCAAUGUUAAAUGGAACGGCUGGGGCACAUGGAGGAGAGGAUUACCAGCACUGGAUGGAUAGCCAAGCUGCACAGGCCAAAUCAGCCUCAACACAGGUCCACCGGAACAGCAGUGAAAUCUAUUCCAAUACACUGCCUGUCCGCAAAGUGGCACCCACCAAGAGCAAGAGCACUCUGGCAGAGACACAGACACUGCCUAGGUCGAGCUCAGUGGCGGCUGGCCUUGAGAGGAAUGGGCGGACCCGUGUCCAGGCAAUCUUUUCACACUCAGCCGGAGACAACAACACACUGCUCAGCUUCACUGAAGGCGACAUUAUCACACUGCUGGUGCCUGAGGCCCGGGACGGGUGGCACUAUGGAGAGAGUGAGAAGACGAGGAUGCGAGGAUGGUUCCCCUUCUCCUACACCAGAGUGAUCCCUGAAACAGACGGCAGCCGACUCGGUGUCAGUUUUCAGCAUGGUAGGAGUAGCAGCACAGGAAAUCUUCUAGAGAGGGACCCGGUCAUUAUGCCGUCUCCUGAUUACGGCUCUACCUCUCGGCAAAUGGCACAAAAUGCCUCACUGGGCAGACAUCAUAGAACAUACAGUGUGGCCACACCAGGAUUCUCACAGCCAGGGCUUGACAGCUACGAGGCUCGUUUCCCAACAAGUUCGGAGGUCAAAUUGAUUUCGACAGUGUGAAAGGACAGACAUACAGACACCAUCCGUCCUUCUCCCCUCACUCCCUCACUCGUCCAUCCACCUUUUCACCCACCAAAGAAGAGGAGAAACACCUAUCUUCCCUUUCCCUCCUAUUACCCUACUUAUUAGUUUCAAUAAAUGUCCACGGAACAGAAAUGCAGAAUUCUCUGGCUUGAUUGUUCUCACAACUCUUCAGUUUUGAGGACUUCUGGUCUAUUCUUAAUGAGCUCAAUGAAAUGGACUCAGAAAAACAGUGUGUAUGUAACUCUUGCUUUUCUUUCAUGCAUAAUUCAAGUGCACAUUUUUUUGGGUUAUAGAAAUGGGUCCAAAAUCUAUAAAUGGAGGGCAGAUGAGGCUGCAGUAAUGAAUGACUGAUUGAUGAUAUACAUUUUUACAUAUUAAGUGAAAGAAGAGCUCUUUUAUCUUUGUCAGACAAAUGGGCUUGUCUACUUUAGGUCCAAAGUCUGUUCUUUUUUAUAGCACUUAACAUCUAGGAUGUUCUAGAAGAAGACAGCUCAUUUUUUAUUUGUUCUCCCAUCAGUUCACUAAACCCCUGAAGAAUAAAUGACAGAAAUUUGUAGCACAUUGUGCCUUUAUGGCUAUGUCUGUAUCCAUAUGGCUGUUUUUGAAACAACAAGUAGAAUCUCCAAGAGUCUGAACCUGACAGCAUCUAAAUUUAUCAGUCCCCAAAAUCCCAUUACAGACACAUCACAGAAAUAAAAGUACAGAUCUUUCUGUGUAGCUGUCCAGCUUCACACAUCUAACCAACACUAAACAUCUCCAUCACUAUCCAAGCUGCACUCCAAAGGCCUGAAUGGAAGCAUGGAGGUUUUUAUUAAAUUACAUGAAAACCUUGAUUUUCCAAGUCAGAGCUGUAAUUUCCUGGGAGGCUGUGUCUCGUACUUAUUUAAAUUAAAUGUGUAGACACGAGAAGAUGGUAGGGUGGUGGCACAGUGGUAGUGCUGAUCUCUCAUUUCUUCAAUGUCCCUGGGUUGAUCCUGAGCUAUGUCUUUCAUGUCUGUGAGAGUUAUCUGGUUUCCUCAAACAUCCCAGAUCAUGCUAACAGGUUUUUAAUAGGUGCUAACAUGCUGCAGUGGACUGGUGAGGGCUAGCAUGGGAUAAACCUGAAUGUGGUUCCUAAAGAUAAAUAAAUAAGAUCAUCUGCUAAUGGUGCUUACUGGUGCUCACAGUCUGUUAUAUUUUAUUUUUUCAUUAAUACAAACAUGUAUUUGUCCAUCAGUGCUGAAAAUAAUCUGUGUUAAAUACAAAUAACAGCAAUUGCUAAGUCAAAUGAUAGCUAGAACUUGAUGAUCUUCUGUUUCCUUAAUACUGGAACAUGAAUUCAGUUAAAUUUAGCCUUCUAGUAGGUGCUCAUCAUUCUAAAAACCGGAUGAAAAAAGAUUUUAGGUAUGUUUUGUUCUUCGUUGUACCAAGUAGCCAAGUGAUAAGCCUAAUGCACUGUUCUGAUCAUUAGCACGUGUGCGUCUUUAAAGUCCCGCCCUUGUCCCCGUUGAUAACAGUCACUUGCAGUUGUUUCUGAGAUCCCACACUCACCCUGACUACACUUACUGGUUCAAGGUUUAAUUUAAUGCUUGAAAACAUCUAAUGAUUGUACCUAGCCCCCGGUGGAUAAUGAUGUAGAAGUGUUUCACAUUAGAAAAGUGACUGUAUCUGAAAAAUUCCACCCGAGACUUUUUUUUUUCGGUGGCUGCAUCUGUUUCUCUCCUCCCUGUUGUCCUCUCACCUCUCCAUUUGUCUUUCUUUGUGUGUAACAAAUCUAAGCUCUUUCUUUCCUUUUUUGCCAACCCUGUCCAUCUGUGUUUUGGUAAAUUUAGACACAAAAGCAGUAAGGGGUCAACGUCUGGAAGCUGCCAGUGCUUCUUCUUUCUGCAUUAGAAUAAAGCCGAGGCAUGACUGCCACGUUCUCCUCAGUCCUGGUGCCCAAAUGGAAACACUCGAUCUACUCAGUCUGUAUUUGUGCUUUGGAAUGCUAACACUUGGAUGUAAAAAAAAUUAUUAAUUUAUAAAAUAAAUAUCUAAAUAAAUCCUCAAUAUUAUAUAGAGGGAAUAUACUGUAUAAAUACAUGCAUGCAUUUUGGGGAACACCAAAACCAGUGUAAUGUUGCAGCAUAACCUCAAAUGUAUGGUGACUUUCUACUUCAAAA